UGUCCUUUGGCCACCGGACAUCAUGCCUCCCAAGAAGGAUGUUCCAGUGAAGAAACCAGCAGGGCCCCUCAUCUCCAGGCCAGCAGCAGGGGCCCCUCCAGUCAAGACUAAGGCUGAGCCAGCUGUUCCCCAAGCUCCUCAGAAAACCCAGGAGCCCCCUAUCAAUCUCUCCAAAGUUGUGAUCGAGUUUAAUAAGGACCAGCUGGAGGAGUUCAAAGAAGCAUUUGAGCUGUUUGACGGAGUAGGAGAUGGUAAGAUCCUGUACAGCCAGUGUGGGGAUGUGAUGAGAGCCCUGGGCCAGAACCACACCAACGCCGAGGUGCUCAAGAUCCUGGGGAACCCCAAAAGUGACGAGCUGAAGUCCCGGCGUGUGGACUUUGAGACUUUGCUGCCCAUGCUCCAGGUAGUGGCCAAGAACCAGGACCAAGGCACAUAUCAAGACUACUUGGAGGGGCUUCGUGUGUUUGACAAGGAGGGGAAUGGCAAAGUCAUAGGAGCAGAGCUCAUACAUGUCCUCACCACCCUGGGGGAGAAGAUGACUGAGGAGGAGGUGGAGACUGUUCUGGCAGGACAUGAGGACAGCAAUGGUUGCAUCAACUAUGAGGCCUUCCUGAAACACAUCCUAAGCAUCUGAGCUCUG